AGCGCGAAGGCGGCGCCGCUCCCCCCACGCUCCCCGCGCGGCUGGCGCGCGCCAUGGCCGGCCUCGCGCCGCGCGUCGACUACUUGGCGGACUUCUGCCCGCUCGGGGGCCUGACGGCGGGCAGGCCCCGCGUGCUGAGCCGCGGGGCGGAGAUCGUCCUGUCCACCGGGAGGGAGCUGGUCUACGUCUACGACCGCGAGGGCCGGCUGCUGACCGCGGUGUACAAGUUUCCCGGGCCGGUGUGGCACUUGGAGGUUCUGGCCCGUCGCGGGGCGCUCUACGUCCUGUGCGCUCAGAGGGGCAUCUAUUGCUUGUCUUUGGACCAGGCGAGCAGGUCUGUGCGCCAGAAUGGUGGGGACGACAAGGACAGGGAGCCUCCUUACCCUGUGAUCCCUGUGGACCUGCACGCCUGUGUCCUUCCUGACGCCACCCUGUGUGCUUUCACUGUGCUGGACUCCGUGCUCGUCACACUGGCGCAGGGCCCCGCCCAGUGGAAGGUGCAGCUGUUUGAGCGUCCCUGUCCAGGGGAGGACCCCAGGCCCAGAGGCCUCAUCGGUGAGGUGGAGUUGUCCACCUGCAACCCCCCAGCUGGGAGUCCAGGGGAGCCCAGAGCCCCCCGCUUCCUCCCAGUACUGUGCUCUGUGUCACCACCAGGCUCCAGGGCCCUGCACGGCCUCCUUCGGGGUUCCGGGGACUUCACACUAGAGGGGGCUCUCUUUGGGCUACUCUUUGGAGCUGACGCCUCCCUCCUGGAAUCACCUGUGAUCCUCUGUGGUCUUCCCGACGGCCAGCUCUGCUCUGUGGUCUUGAAGACCCUGGUCACCUCUCGGUCAGCCCCCGGUGACCCAAAGGCCCUUGUCAAGAUCCUCCAUCACCUGGAGGAGCCCGUCAUCUUCAUCGGGGCCUUGAGGACUGAGCCGCUGGCUGAGGACGUGGAGGACACGUACUCUGACUGCCUGGUGGCGCUUGGUCACCAUGGCCGGACGCUGGCCAUCAAGGCCAGCUGGGACGAGGCAGGGAACCUGGUGCCAGAGCUGCGGGAGUACUGCCUGCCAGGGCCUGUGCUCUGUGCAGCCUGCUGCGGGAACGGCCUCAUGUACCACAGCACCCCCUCCAACCUCUGUGUGGUGGACCUGGCUCGGGCAGGUGUCCACGGGGACCCCGUGCAGCCCAGCAGGGGCCCAGGAGGCCUGCCCUCUCUGCUGUGUCCAACCAGCUUGAGUGUCUGCAGUGUCGUCACCCUCUCUGUGUCAUCUAGCGUGCCGGAAGGUGGCACUGAGCUCCUGGCCUUGUCUGCCAAAGGCCGCCUGAUGACCUGCAGCCUGGACCCGAGCGCUGAGACGCCUCAUCCCGCUGGAGUGACUGCAGCGAAUGCUGGCCGAAAAAUUAAGGAGUUGCUCUGUGGAAUUGGCACGGUCUCUGAAAGGGUGUCUUCUCUGAAGAAGGCAGUUGACCAGCGGAAUCGGGCCCUGACAUGCCUCAACGAAGCCAUGAACGUGAGCUGCACCCUGCUGUCCCACCGGGAGGGCCCCCGGCCCAUCACGUGCACCACCACCACCUCCUGGCUUCACCUGGGGCUGCGGGACCUGCUCACCGCCACCUGCCUGCUGGAGAACAGCAGCAGCUUCAGCCUGGACCGGGGCUGGGCCUUGUGCAUCCAGGUCCUCGCCAGCCCCCAUGCUGCAGAACUGGACCCGGCUGGCUCAGCCGUGACCUACACCGUCCCCGUGGACCGGCUCAGCCCCGGCGGUCGGCAAGAAGUGACGCUGCCCCUGGGCCCUGGCGAGGACGGUGUGCUCGACCUGCCGGUGACCGUGUCCUGCACGCUUUUCUACAGCCUCAGGGAGGUUGUGGGCGGGGCCCUGGCCCCCUCUGACUCUUUCGAGGAUCCCUCCUUGGGUGGGUGCCCUGCUGACAUCCUGCCCGAGCAGGAGGGCAUCUGCCUGCCCCUGAGCGAGCACACGGUGGACAUGCUGCACGGCCUGCGUUUCCGUGGCCUGGCUGCGCCCUGCACACAGGCCCCUGGCCCUCUCCGCCCCCCCAGUGACCCUGUGAACACCUUCCUGGCAACUUGCCGCAGGCUGGGCAGUGAGCAGGCAGAACCCACGUCCCUGCGAGCCAAGUACCUGCCCCCGUCAGUGGCUGCCAUCAGGGUGUCGGCAGAGCUGCUCAGGGCCACGUUGGGGGACAGUUACUCAGGUGUGUCCCUGUGCUGUGCCACCCUGCAGUGGCUCCUCGCUGAGAAUGCCACCGCAGAUGUUGUGAGGGCUCAAGCACUGUCCUCUGUCCAGGGAGUGGCCCCAGAUGGCACUGACAUCCACCUCACCAUCCACGAGGUGACUGUGACCGACCUGUGCCCGGAGGGGCCCAUCCAGGCCGUGGAGAUCCAAGUGGAGAGCCCCUCUCUGGCCAACAUGUGCGGGGUCCACCACGCUGUCAUCAGACGUAUGCAGAAAGUGGGAGUUGGCAGCCGGCCCCCCUGCAGCCCCGGUGCCCGGCCACCUGGUGCAGGAGCAGGCUGCUGCAGUCCCGUGCAGGGCAGUGGGACCAUGACUCCCAAGUCAGAAGGUCUUCACGUUCCAGAAGAAAGUCUGCACAGCUCGUCUCUUCCCGCACAGAGGGCUCUGCAGUGGCAGCACCAGCCAACUUUGACAACUUUUCCUAAGCAUGGUGUCUGCAUCAGCCUCACCUGGGACUUAUCAGUGCACGUUCCCAGGCGCCCCCCCAGCCUGAGAACCAGAGAGCCUGUGGCUGGAGCUUUGACGAGGCUCUGAGGGCCGCUGCUCUGGACCCCUCUGCACCCAGGCGAGCCAGACACCCUGCAGCAGCCCCGGCUGGCUCAAGAAUUGAGCCCUGAUCUUCAAGCCAUCAGGAUGGUCUCUAGGGCCAUGGUGCCGCCUGUCGGGAGUUCUGCCUGUGACACUGUCCUCAGACUGCUCAUGUUCCAUGCCGAGAGCAGUCCAGCUCCUACGUUCCUCAGUCCAGCGGGGCCAAGCCGACCGUCACUCUCUCUGGGCCUCAUGUGCGGGCCGUCCCCAGACCCUGUGGAACCUGGCAGCCACAAGGUGGACAGCUAGCCACUUGGUUCUGGGACUCUGCCGGGUGUGCAGUGUCUGGACUGUCCCUCUUGCUGUGUCUCGUGGUGUCGGCUUCUUGUCUCAGCGCUUGGCACCAGCGGCCAGCAGGGUCCUUGUUGUCUCGACCUGUCCACACCGGGUCUGAGCCCCAGGAGCCCACGGGGCUUCCUGCAGCUAUCAGGACUGGAGCAGCCCCAGAGUGGGCUGAGUGAGCAUGCUGACCAGCUGGAGCAAGGACUGAAGGCGACUCGGGAUGGGGAGGGGGGGCAGCGGGUGGGGAAGAACCAAGGAGGCCAGGCUGGGGCUGGUGUGUGCCCGUGUGGGCGGUGAGGCCCCAAAGCAUCUGGGGAGAAAUGGGGGUGAAGCAAGGAGACCAAGAGGAUGGGGGUGAGGACGGGAAGGGGCCACCUGGCUCAGGAAGUGCCUCUCCAGCUACCUGCCCCUUGUGCCCUCAGAGGAUGGUCCUGGAGCAGGCUGCCCAGGGCUCCAGCCCCCCUGACGUCCGCAUGCAGUAUUUGCACCAGAUCCAAGCCAACCAU